AUGAGUGAUAAGGAAAUUACAUUUUAUUUUUUUGAACCCGAAACGUUGGAAGAACCGGAAGAGAAGAACAGAAAACGAGAACCAAAUAUGUUCAUCUCAUAUCGUAAUGAAAGGAUGAAAGAUCGACCACCUAAUAUAACAAUGGCAGAAUUUAGCAAAAUCGUGUCGGAAGAGUGGAAAUUGCUAUCAGAGUAUGAAAAGGCUAAAUGGCAAAGAAAUUAUCAAAUAAAUCGAGAUCAAAAUUUACAAAAUUCUAAUAAAUAUGUACAAAGAAAUGAUCAAAUGGGUAAAAGUGGGAACGUUAAUGCGAAUCAUGUAGCUAAAGACAUAAGCAAUAAUGAAAAGUCUAUAUACCACCCAAAAGUUAACGUAUUACAAAAUGGAGAUGAAACCAAUUUCAAAAGUUCAUUUAACUUGAAGGCAAUUGGAGACGAAGGUCGGAUGAACAAAGAUCAAAAAUUACAAAAAAUGGACAAUAAUGUCAUUGCCGAUCAACUAGGAGAAAGUUCGAAUAAAAUUCAUCCCAAUUCUAUAUACUAUAAAUAUUACGUACUUUAA